UCUUGCACAAGCCCGACAUAAGCUUCUUCAGGUGACGUCAAGUAUCCAUGGUCUCCACCCUGCUUAAUAAUUGGCACAUUGGAGAAAAGUGAGGCCACUAUGGGGUAAUCAGGGCUGGGUCGAGUAUUUAUCUCGCUCUGCAGCCAAAUUGCAGGUCGAGAUUUACCGAAGUGUACUGCCACCGCACCACACCGAACGACCACCAUGAAGCAGAUCAUCAACCUCCCGGGGCCCAGCUGCAAGCUGGUUGACUCACCAAUCCCCGAGAUCAACGACGACCAAGUCCUCAUCAGGGUAGUGGUGUCCGGAUCCAACCCGAAGGACUGGAAGGUGCCUGAGCUGGCAGGGUCCGACGAGGCGUUUGGGGAGCGUUACGCGCACAUCAAGGACGGGGUGAACCAGGGCGACGAUAUUGCCGGUGUGGUUGAGAAGGUGGGCCGGAACGUGUUUGAGUUCAAGCCCGGAGACCGCGUCGGCGCGUUCCACGAGAUGCUCGAGCCUGGGGGCUCGUACGCUGAGUACGCCGUGGCCUGGAGCCACACGACCUUCCAUCUGCCGGAGAAGGUGUCCUUCGAGGACGCAGCAACAAUCCCCCUCGCAGCCCUAACAGCGAUCGUCUCGCUCUACCACCACCACCGCCUCCCAGCCCCCUGGACACCCUCACCGUCCACUCACCCCACCACCCCCCUCCUCAUCUACGGCGGCAGCACCGCCGUAGGCGCGUUCGCCAUCAAACUCGCCCGCAAAAGCAACAUCGACCCGAUCAUCGCCAUCGCAGGCCGCGGCGCAACAUACAUCCGACGCUUCCUGGACGAGAGCAAAGGCGAUGCCAUCGUCGACUACCGCUCCGGUCCGGCGGAGACCAUCGCCGGCGUGAAGGCUGCGCUCGCCCGCGCCUCCUCCUCCGCGGAGCUAACCAUCCACCACGUCCUCGACACCAUCGUCUCAGAGGACAGCUCCGCCGUCAUCCGGGACGUGAUCCACCCCGGCGGGCAGGUGAACUACGUUCUCCCUUGUCCGUAUGAUGUGUCCCCUGGCGUGAAGACGAAUACGUGGGUGAGCAGUGCGCAUCAGAUUGGGGGUGUUGAUGAUGCGCGGGAUCUGUGUUUCGUGGCUUGUCGGUGGUUCUCUCGGGCGCUUGCGAGUGGGGAGUUUGAGGGGCAUCCUUUCGAGGUGAGGGAAGAUGGGUUGGCGGGGGUGGAGGGGGCGAUGAGGGAUUUGAGGGAUAAUAAGGCUAGUGCCGUCAAGUAUGUAUUUAGGGUUGCCGAUACUCCGGGGCUGUAG